AGAAAGGAGGGAGGAGUGGUGGUGGAGGAGGCGGAGGAGGGGGGAGGCACAGUGGAGUUUUUAUUAUUUUUUUUUUAUUUUUUCCCUCCUUUUGCUUCGCGGCCCGCGUGCGUUUUAUUCCUCCGCAUCAUCUCCCCGUGAAGUCGGCGGCGGCGCGGCGAGGGAAAACGAGCGGGCACGAUGCAGAUGUGGCCAAGGCAGACCACUGAAAAUGGAGUGAAGAGAGGACAAUAGUUAUGCCAGAGGACAUCUAAGAAGUCGGAACCUUUCGGCUUCUGGGAGAGGAUAGCUUUUUCACAGAUCUAAACCUGAUCUAGACCUGUGUUCCUGUCCAGGGAUGGGGGAUUUCAAUAUUAGAGGUCUGAUUGGAGGGUGUGUUGCCCAUCAUCUGUCCAUUAUAGCCUAAGGGAAAGGUUUCACCGUGGCUUUGUGAGGGGGACCAUAGACACCUUCUACUCACUAACCUCAGCUGGACCAUGUCACGGCAAGGAGGAACCGCAUGGAUGCCUUCAACCAUGGUCCAGCCAUUUUCUACUCUACCCCGAAUCUCUAGGAUCGUGGUCGUAGUGGUCUGGCUAGCCAUGGCUCAGGCACAACAGCAUCCCAUCGUCACUACAAACUAUGGCAAGCUGAGAGGCUUAAAAACAGCGCUGCCCAAUGAGAUUCUGGGGCCCGUGGAACAAUACUUGGGGAUUCCCUAUGCUCUUCCGCCAACAGGGGAGAGGAGGUUUCAACCCCCGGAGCCACCAAUGUCUUGGCCAGGGAUCCGAAACGCCACUCAGUUCGCCGCUGUUUGCCCGCAGUUUCUGGAAGACCGCUUUUUGCUCAAUGAUAUGUUGCCUGUAUGGUUCACCGCCAACUUGGAUACAGUGGUAACCUAUGUGCAGGACCAGAGCGAAGACUGCCUGUACCUGAACAUCUACGUCCCCGACCGAGGAGUAGGAGCCAACACAUACAAUCAAGGCGAUGAUUUCACCAAUAAUGAGGGUGGCGAAGAUGAAGAUAUCCACGACGAGAAUGGUCUGAGACCAGUCAUGGUGUAUAUUCAUGGUGGAUCCUACAUGGAAGGCACGGGGAACAUGAUCGAUGGCAGUAUCCUGGCCAGCUAUGGCAAUGUCAUUGUGGUCACCCUCAACUACAGACUGGGUGUAUUGGGGUUCCUGAGCACAGGUGACCAGGCUGCCAAAGGGAAUUAUGGUCUGCUGGACCAAAUUCAGGCAUUGCGGUGGAUCAAAGAGAAUAUCCAGGCCUUCAAAGGAGAUCCAAAAAGGGUGACGAUAUUCGGAUCAGGGGCUGGGGCAUCAUGCGUUAGUCUGCUGACCUUGUCGCACUAUUCAGAGGAUCUAUUUCAGAAAGCCAUCAUCCAGAGCGGAACUGCUUUGUCCAGCUGGGCCGUCAACUACCAGCCAGCCAAGUACACACGUAUGCUAGCAGAAAAGGUGGGCUGCAACAUGCUAGACACUACAGAUCUGGUGGAGUGCUUGCAGAAGAAGAACCACAAGGAGCUUAUUGAGCAAUACAUCACCCAAGCAAAAUACCAUAUUGCUUUCGGACCAGUUAUAGAUGGCGACGUCAUCCCAGACGACCCGCAGAUUCUCAUGGAGCAAGGCGAGUUCCUCAAUUACGACAUCAUGUUGGGAGUCAACCAGGGGGAGGGUUUUAAGUUUGUGGAUGGAAUCGUGGACAGUGAGGAUGGCGUCUCCGCAAACGACUUCGAUUUUGCCGUGUCUGAUUUUGUGGACCACCUGUACGGUUACCCUGAGGGUAAGGAUACGCUCCGCGAAACCAUCAAGUUCAUGUACACGGAUUGGGCUGACAAGGAGAAUCCAGAGACCAGGCGCAAGACUUUGGUUGCGUUAUUUACGGAUCACCAGUGGGUGGCGCCUGCGGUAGCCACAGCAGAUCUUCAUGCACAGUAUGGAUCACCAACGUAUUUCUACGCUUUCUACCACCACUGCCAGAGUGAGAUGAAACCGAGCUGGGCCGACUCGGCACACGGAGACGAGGUGCCAUACGUGUUCGGAAUCCCUAUGAUCGGUCCGACGGAUCUGUUCAACUGCAAUUUCUCCAAGAAUGAUGUCAUGCUCAGUGCAGUGGUGAUGACCUACUGGACAAAUUUUGCUAAGACAGGAGAUCCAAAUCAGCCGGUACCCCAAGACACCAAGUUCAUCCACACCAAGCCCAACCGCUUUGAAGAAGUGGCCUGGUCCAAGUACAACCCGAAAGAUCAGCUCUACCUUCACAUUGGCCUGAAACCCAGGGUUCGUGACCACUACCGCGCUACUAAGGUCGCCUUCUGGCUAGAGCUCGUCCCUCACCUCCACAACAUCAACGACCUGUUCCAGUACGUCUCAACAACCACGAAGAUUCCACCGCAGGACACCACGCCUUUCCCCUACACCAAGAGACUGGGUAAAACAUGGCCGUCAACUACACGCCAUCCUGGGGUUCCUCCGCCCAACACCAAGCAAACAACGGAUCAGCGCAAGGGCAGCGACCUUGGUGACGACUCGGCUGUUGUGAUCGAGAACAAGCGGGACUACUCCACGGAGCUGAGUGUGACCAUCGCUGUAGGAGCCUCGCUCCUUUUCCUCAACAUCCUCGCCUUUGCUGCACUCUACUACAAGAAGGACAAGCGGCGGCAUGAGUCCAACCGCCGGGGACCCAGCCCCCAGCGCAACUCAGCACCAGCCAAUGCAGCAGCUAACGCUAACGACAUCGCUCGCCUGCAGAAUGAGGAGCUGAUGUCCCUGCAGAUGAAACAGCAGCAGCAGCUGGAGCACGAGCACCAUCAUGAGUGUGAGUCCCUUCAAGCCCAUGACACGCUGCGCCUGGCCUGCCCGCCCGACUACACACUGACCCUGCGGCGGUCGCCCGACGACAUCCCACUCAUGACGCCAAGCACCAUCACCAUGAUCCCCAAUUCUCUGGCCGGGAUGCAGCCCUUGCACAAUUUCAACACCUUCGGAGGGAAUCAGAACAGCACCAGCUUGCCUCAUGGUCACUCCACCACCAGAGUAUAGCUCCGCGCCUUGGACUUCGUGGGCUGGACCUUUCAGAACUAUCUGGGGGAGUCUGGGGAUGGUUUACUCCAGCAUGGGAAUUAGGACAUGGAUGAAGGAUGAAGAAAGAAUAUACGGUUUCUUUGUUCCACUUGGAGACUGAUUCUCAGUGGAUAAGAUAUUAUUUUGCUACAACCUCUUCUUGAAGAACAAAGUCCACCAUGACCUACUUGUGGGGAAUAAAGUGAAUGUUUCUAAACUAAUGGUGUACUCGGAGCCAAGUGUAGAGAGGAAAGUGCGAUGUUUUACCAAAAUAAUUCCUGGACUUUUUUUUGUGAGGGCAGAUUUUUGCUGGCAGAUUUGACACAUACAUGCAAAGGAGAGUAGGCAGCUUUGUAUGUGCCAUUCUGAUUAUCCUAUAUCAAGAGUAACAGAUGACAUUGGUUUGGUGCCAGAACACUGUAUUUUGAACAAAUGGAUUAGUCUACUUUUCCGACGUUGUUGUCACAUAUUGAACAAAGGGGACUGAAUUCUAAAUCUCCCAGCCUGAAAUGUAUUUAUGACAAAUUUGUAAAGAUGACAAUUAUGUAAAUAGCUGUGAGUUACAAAUCCAAUACUAAAAGAAAUUACAAGAGCUUUUAUCGUUGUUUUGGUUCAAAAUAUGACUAUUACUGAGCUUGUGCUUUCUGUUGAAGUGACUGUAAAUAUACCAGUCAGAAUCAUUGUUUUCUUUUCCAAAAACAUCUAUGUUUAAUGGUAUUCCAAACUAUACUCAUUCCAGCAGCCAUCAACACUCAUAACCAUAACCUCUCAGUGGUCCUUCAUUGUUAUGUCUAGCAGAUGUUUUCCCCAAGAAACAGCCUCAUACAGUGACCUCAAAAUGCAGGAUCGCUGUUUGCAAAUGCCCUAUUAUGCUAAUGUGAGACUGUAUUUUUAAGUUUCUCUUCUACUUGGUGAAGAGAUUGUUUCGCCUGGACUGUCAAAUUGGGUUAAGUACUUCCACUUUUGGAAAGUGCAAUGUAUUACAAAUGUCAUUUUGUUGUAGGGGAUCACAUAAUGGGGCAACUCAAAAUUGCCAGGAAAACCACUGGACCAUGGUGCUGUCACUCAAGCACAUUCUUGCCAUAAAUAAUUUUUAACACUUUGGUCACCACAAUCUGCCACACCCUACCAAAUUCUACAGGAAAGUAGAUGCAGGAAAAUCUCAGAAAGAUCUAUUUUGGUUCCAGUCUGCACCAUAUAAGCUGCCACAACUUAACUAACACUAAGGCAUCUGAUCCAGCCAGUCAAAAACUCUGAAGAAGUUCAUUAGCUGGAGCAGGUGUGGCAGAUUGUGGUUGGAACCAGGCUUCACAGGAAGGUAGACCUCCAGGACCAGGGUUGGUGACCACUAUCCAGAUGGUUUCCAACUGUUGUCGUGGAGCACCCCUGACAUUCUAGUGUUUUCCUGGAACAGGACUGGGAACUAUGUACAGAUAAAGAGAUACAGUUAUAUGUCAGAUUUCACUUCAAGCCAGAGUGAAUGUACUUUGAGUCCAGGGAAUUGGCACCUGAAAGUGUGGCUAGUAUUUCAUGGGACAACAACCGAAAACCGCAUCUCCUUUCUCCAACAUGUGUAGGUCACCACCUGCUUCAUCCUGUCCUGCUUUUGGCCUUUUAUUUUCCUUUUUACUUAAGUUUUUUAUUUCGAUUUUUCUGUCACAUGCACCACUGCCUGAACGGAAGAUGUGGCCAGCAUUGUACUGUUUAGAAAAAAAAAAUAUAUACAUAUAUGAAAGAAAAAAAAAAGCAAUUUAAAAAAUAAUGCAGGCAGUGGAUUUUGGUAUCAAUAUUAGUUGGAUAUGUUUGUAAAGCAGUAUAUGUUAGAUAUUUCUACUUGUCAUAUGCUAGCAAUAUGUAAAGUAUCGUGCCAGGCUUGUGAUAUUUUUGGGUUACAACGCAAGUGAAUGAGUGUAAAUAAAUAAAAAAAAGAAUAAUAAUAAUAUUAUAAAUGCUAUUAAAAAAUCAUUAACCCUGAUAUUUUUAGUUCUGCAUCCUAUAACAAGAAAGCUUGAAAGCGCAAGCAAAGAUAUAUUUAAAAAAAAAAUGCAAUUCAAAUUUAUAAAGUUACAUUUGUAUAUUGAAUCUAAGGUAUUCAUCUAGCCCCUUCAACUGUCAAUAAUUCAAGGGUGAAAUGUAGGAUUCUAAAUAAUAGUUUGUCUCAUAUUGUUUGCGUUUUUUGCCUUAAGUGAUAGAUGAUAUUUCUGGCUGGACACCUAUAUAAAUUUUUUCUGCAGCGUUUCUAAUAAAAUAUCACAGUAUUUUCUAAAA